CCCGUUUAAAUGUAAGUCAAGAAACGACCCAAGUGGCUGUCACUAAAGCGAGUCAAGUGCUGACACCCUGUAUGUGGUCAUCAUCAUAAGGGCACAGACAGACAGCAGGCCAGGUCGUGUGUGUGGGGUAGUGGGCCACACAUUACCAUGACAAACUGGUAGACAGGCAACGACAACCCACAACAACUGCGGCAGCGAUUAGUGGGGUCCAACCUACACUCAUACACACAUCCUGGUUGUCUGUCUGUCUGUCUAUCUGCGGGUACCUGUCUCCUACGUUCGUGCCUGCCACCUUAUUAUACCUGUAUGAGUAAAACAAUGCUUUCCUCUUGAGUGGCUGCCUGCCACAAUUGUUGGCCCACAUUUGACUGACGUUUGGAGCACGGGAAACGGAGUCGGGCCCAACCGAACCCCGAACAUAGUAGGUCCUGGACUUUGCGCGACGUUUGAUCAAUACAGGGGUUUUUUCGUAGAGCUAGACAGAAGGCAGAUAGCUACGCUACAGUUCGGACGCAUUUCUCCCCAAUUGAAAAAUUUAGUAAAAUUCCAUUUGAACUCCGUACAUUUUUUUUAAGAAUUUCGUUUUGCGUUGUGUUUUAAUAAUAUAAAUUUAGGUUUUCUCUCUGUAAAAUAAAUUGCAAUCAUGACUUCGAUUGAAUCGAAACGCGUACAAUAUCGCAAGUAUCUGGAGAGAGCCGGCGUCAUUGAUGCCCUCAGCAAGGCCCUCAUCAAGUUGUACGAGGAACAGAACAAGCCAGAAGAUGCCAUACGCUUUGUGCGCAAGUUCAUGUGCGAGAGCUGCCCGGACGAUGCCCAGUACGAUCUAAUGAAAAAUGAUUUGGAGGAGGCAAAGACUAGCAUCUCGCGUUUGGAGCAGGAGCUAGAGCGCCUGCGUGGUCAAAUCAAAAAGUCACCGGAGGAGUACCAGGAGCUCACCCUGGCUGGCUACAAAUCCCUCAUGGACGAUGAGGAGAAUGUUAAUUCGCUGCUCCGCAAGUACCUUACACCGGAGCUGUUGGAGGAGUACAUGCUGGUGACCACAUCGCCGCCAGUGGAUGCCUAUCUGUACGAUUGCGCCGUCUCGGGCUUUGAGCAUCACGACUCGUCGGUGGGCAUCUAUGCCGCCGAUCCAGACAGCUACGAUGUGUUUGCCAAGAUCUUUGAUCCGAUUAUCAAGGACUACCAUGCCCAGCAGGACAACGAUUCGGAUGCGCUGCAAAAGGACAGCGACUGGGGCAAUGUGGAUGAAAUCGAGAACCUGGAUCCGGAGCGCAAAUACAUCAUCUCGGCGCGCAUACGCAUCGCUCGCAACAUUGAGGGCUUCCCGUUCUUCCCCAAGCUAACGGAGAAGCAGUUCAUCGAGGUGGAGGAGAGGGUGCGUGCCGCCACUGAGACCAUGGAUGGGGAGCACAUCGGCUCCUAUCUGACAUUGAGCGACAUCGAUGCCGAGACCCAGCAGGAGAUGGUGAAGCGGCACAUAAUGUUCCAUCGCGGUGACGCCUAUCUGACCACCGCAGGUUGUUAUCGCUUCUGGCCAACGGGCCGUGGUGUCUACCAUAAUCCGGCCGCUACUUUCCUGAUCUGGGUCAACGAGGAGGAUCACUUGCGCAUCAUUUCCAUGGCUCCGUGCGGCGACUUGGGCGAUGUGUACAAUCGUCUGGUCAAUGGCCUGCAGGAACUCGAAAAGACCCUGACCUUUGCGCGCAGUCCUCGCUAUGGCUUCCUCAGUGCCUGCCCCACCAAUCUGGGAACCACCUUGCGUGCCUCGGUGCACAUUCGUCUGCCCUUGCUGAGCAAGGAUAAUGAACGUUUGGUGGCUUUGGCCGAUGAGCUGCAGCUGCAGAUACGCGGCACCGGCGGCGAGCACACUGCCAUCGAGGAUGGCGUCAUGGAUAUAUCGAACAGACGUCGUCUCGGUUUCACCGAAUUCGAGCUGGUCAAGUCUCUGCAGGAUGGCAUUGUGGCCCUGAUCAAUGCCGAGGAGGAACUCGAGACAGCCGGACAGGAGGGUUAACUAUGUUUUCCACAUACCCGAAAAGAAAGCUGAUCCCGACACGAAGUACGAAACCACAAAAAUACACAACGACAACGACACA